AUGAUCACUUUACAAGCCAAAACCAGGAUGAAGACAAACUCUACCCAGGUCUCAUAUUUCACUCUGAGUGCCUACUUUGACACUGGGCUUUUAAAAUAUCUCUACUUUAUGAUUGUUAUGUGUUUAUAUAUUCUAAUUGUUUGUGCUAAUGUAUUUCUCAUCGUGGUUAUCUGUAUGAACAGGAGCUUACAUGAACCUAUGUACAUGUUCCUGUGCAGUCUGUUUGUAAAUGAACUGUAUGGUAGUUCAGGGUUGUUUCCGUUCCUUCUGACUCAGAUUCUCUCUGACAUUCACACUGUUCCUGCUUCUCUUUGUUUCCUGCAGAUUUUCUGUUUGUAUUCAUACGUGUGUGUACAAUUUUCCACCUUAGCUGUCAUGUCUUAUGACAGAUAUCUUGCUAUCUGCUCUCCUCUGCAGUAUCACACACGUAUGACAUCUGGUAAGGUUGUUUUGCUCAUCGCAGUAACAUGGCUGCCUUCUUUUGUUGCUGUUUCUAUGACAACGUAUUUGAGCGCCUCGUUACAGCUGUGUGGAAACACAAUCCACAAAGUUUACUGUGUAAACUUCUCCAUUGUGAAACUGGCCUGCUCUGACACCAGAGUAAAUAACAUUUAUGGACUGAUUGUCACUUUUCUCACAGUCUUUGGUCCUCUAAGUUUAAUUCUCUACACGUACAUGAGGAUCCUUAAAGUGUGUUUCUCUGGUUCUAAACAGACGAGACAGAAAGCUGUCAGCACCUGCACACCUCACCUCGCUUCUCUGCUCAACUUCUCUUUUGGGGUUUGUUUUGAAAUAUUACAGAGCAGGUUUGAUAUGAAAGGUGUACACAGUGUGUUGCACAUUGUUUUAUCGCUGUACUUCCUGACCUGCCAGCCGCUCUUUAACCCUGUGAUGUACGGACUGAACAUGUCCAACAUCCGCGUCAUGUGUAAGAGGAUGUUGUUGUUGUAA